AUGAACGUUCAUGUGCUCCAGGAACCAAACAAAGAUGGUAGGCACCUGGUUUACACAGCAUUAAGUGAAGCCAAUGUGAAAUCGGAAACUAACAAAGAAGAGAGCCGCAAGCAGGUUGGUUCUGAUGCAGUUUGUGGUCCUGCCAUCUCCAACUCAGUUUUCAUACGGUUCGGCAGUCAGCUUGAGGUAAGAUGCGACCAGCCAAUUACUUUUCCAUUGAUUUUUCAUGGUCAAGGCAAGAAAGACAGUAAGGAGAAUGAUUCGGAUAUAGUCAGUAGUGCUACCAUGGAAAAUCCAGUUCUUAAACGAUUUGGCAGCCAGCUUCAGGUUCCGCAUAACAAGAUGGUUACUUCUGUAAUGAGUUCUCAAGUCCAAAAUGUUGGGAAGCGAAAAAUCAGCAGUACUUCUAGUUCUCCUAUUUCAAAUGGAGUUUUGGUGGACUUAUAUGAUUAUGCCUGGGGUUUUAAGGCCCUAUAA